GUGGCAGAGAGCAGAAAUCUACAUCUGCUGGGACGACGGCGGCGUAAAUAACCAAUGGUAUUCUAAACUGACAGCGUCCCUCGUGAACGUCUCAAAAGAACUGUAAAGCUGCCCAGGAACUACGGCCCAAAAUGCCUACUGGGAAAGACAUUCGAGCAAAGAAUCAGCGUAAUGCUGCCACAGCACGCGCCGGCAAGCAGGUGAAGCGACCGUCAUAUGCGGAGAGGGCGGCGAACAAGUCACCCGUCCCCCCAGCGCUGCUGUACUUGUUCAUCUUUGUCGUGGUGGGAGGCGACGAAGUAACGGGUAUAAAAGCCUAGGGAAAAUCUAUUAUGCAAUCGCAAAAUGAGU